AUGAUUACAAUCAAUUUGGUUGAUGAUGAACAAUUAACGACUGUUGCACGAGUUCAACAGUUACCACCAUCACCAACAUCGUCAAGUUAUGUGAUGCAACCGAAAGCGUUCGAACUAAUCGAUGAUGAUAAUGAUAAUUCAGAACAACAAGAUGUCAUUGAAGAAGUUUCGGUUAUUCAAAUGAAUGAAAAUGACGAUGAAGGCAAUAAAAAUAAUUAUGAACACGAAAACAUCAAUGAAUCUGAAAAUGAGUCGGAAUCGAAGAAUGAAGAGGCAACUGAGAUAUCACAGGUCAAUGAGUCACGAUGCAGUAUACAGCAGAAAGUGUCAGCAGUUGAUAUCGCUGUCGUUCAUAUCAUCACAAAUGGUGAUAUACAAGCAACACCUAAACAAACAAAAACCACUUUAGCGUGUCAGACAACACCAAGUCUCGUUACUCGUCUUCAGAGUGCCCAACAAACAACACCACUCAUAUCCGCCACUGUCAGCAGUUCUUGUCAAACAACACCGCGUUUCAAUCUUCGUUCAACGCCAGUCUCUGGCAGUUGUCAAACAACACCAUUAUGUGCACCACCUCCCCGACAAACUUCUCAACAGCAAACGACACCAUUGCCAUUAAUCGCUCGUCGAAAUUUGCAACAACAAACGACGCCAUUACAUUCACUUUCUCAACGAAUACCACACUAUCAACAAGUUAUGUCUCUUACACUGAAGGAUUUUGCCCACCCACGCUCUGUUCGAUUUCAGUUUACGCCAUCGACAGAAACACGAUUACAAGAGAAAGAACGUAAAGAGGAAGAAGAAUUAGAAUCCAAACGAAAACAGCAAGGUGAAGAAGACAAAGUGAAAACGACAAAAAGGGCGAAGACAUCCAAAUCAAAAACAGACAAAUCUCAAACGAUGAAUAAUGAUGAAGAGCUUGCACAGCAAACCGGGCGCCGAAAGUUAUAUUCGAAACAUAAUACUUUUGUGGUCAAUGACGAUUCGCUUGAAGAAGACGUUGGAGCGUCACUACCUCCUUCCACUACAUCAAAAUCUCGAGGGCGGAAUGCAAAGUCGAAACAACCAUCACCGCAAAUGAUUGUCGAUAAGACUGAACAAGAAGAAGAUGAUCCAUCAUCAACUGAGGGACAAACUAGAAGUCGAACUACAAGACAAACGUCAAAAUCCAAAUCAAAAGUGAUCUCAGAAGACCGUAGUGAAGUUGUUCUCUCAGUACCAACAAGGAAAAAGAAACAGCGCCAACCAAUUGAAAAAGAAACGAAAAGCACAGAUGAUGGUGAAUCAACAUCGAACAAACAAUCAGAGCCUUCCAAAAUAAAAAAGACCAAAACAUCGAGAAAAACAAAAAGCAGCACACAGCCAACACAUAGUCAGAUAACUGAUAUACUAUCGGAAGUCGACAACUCAACUCAUAGCAAUCAAACUCGAUCGCGACGUCGAAAGGCUGCUCCCGAUUCAACAAUACAAAUAAAAAAGGCGAAAGAAGAACCGAUCAUUUCGAAAAUAGCUAAUGAAAACGUUGACAAAAACGAUCCGUCAACAUCUAGAACAACACGCAGUAAAUCAUCAAAAUCAAUCGUAGCGGAGACUGAAGAUGAAGUUGUCACAAAUCAUCGAAAAACAGCUAAAAAGCCGAGUGACAGUAGCGAGGAUAUCGUGUCAUCACUGCCUCCACCAGCGAAGAAGGCUAAAAAGAGUGUACGUGUAGCAAAGUCACCUCAAGUAGAAGUUGCACCAUCUGAACAUGAAGCAACAACCACAAGUCGAAUUACCAGACAAACGAAGAAAGAUAGUAGUGUGAUUGCGGAUAAAAGCAAAGAUGAAGAGCAACAGUCUGUUGCUGCCGUGGAGAAACCCUUGAUCAAAUCAAAACCGAAGAAGCAAGAAAAAGAUGUUGAAAACGAUUUGAUAACAGCAAGAACAAGAAAUGCAAAGAAACGAGAAGUAAUGAACGAACAAACUAAAAAUGAUGAUAAUGAAUCAAGACCGACCGAACGUUCGAAAAAGAAAAAAAUGUUAGACAUUGAAGAUGAAGACAGCACACAACAAGUGGACGUUGAUGUACUAUUAGAAUGA